AUGGAUGUACAUUCUUUCCCUAUCUCUUGGCUUAAUAGAUUUAACCUUAAACCUUUUGUUGUUUAUAGUAGAGGUGAUAUUUCCCCUAACUUGUGGUGUUUAUGUGAUAAAAGCAUUGAUCCUGACAUUGUGGACAUUGGUGAUCUGUUUAUCUCUUUCACCUUUAAGUCGAAUGAGCAAACUAUUGGUAUUACGACAGUGUAUGCUUCUACUUGUUAUAUUGCUAGGAGAAACUUGUGGACUGGGUUACAUAGAGUGCUAAACCAUACUAGUUUACCUUGGUGUUUUAUUGGUGAUUUCAAUACCAUUAAUGGAGCUCACGAAUACAAUGGAUAUUACUCUCCUGCCAGAGGUCCCAUGGAGGAGUUUAACGACUCGACAAAUUUUAAUUGUUUAGUUCAUAUCCAAACGAGUGAUGCUAAAUUUACUUGGUCUAAUGGUAGAUAUGGAGCAAGACACACUCAUAAGAGACUGGAUAGGGCUUUAUGUAACUAG